AUGUUCUCGGUUCUCUUCCUCUAUUUGCAGCUUUUGCUGUUCAAAAUGUUGUACUACGUUAGAGGCCAUGACAAGAACCUCAUCACCAAGUCCGCCGCUUUUGCUCACUUGCCUGAGCCAAAUAUGAAGCUCGAGGCUCCUGAGUGCGGGCUGCCCGGAUGUAGCCUCCUCGACCAUCACACCUACCUUGACAUUGAGAAGGGAGGCAGAUUUCCCAACCUCCGAUGGACUAUGCCUCGCUGCGGAGAAGCCAGAGAGUUUGUACUGAUUUGCGAAGAUCCCGACGUCCCCAUCCCGUCUAUGGUCUUCGUUCACGGCCUUUUCUUCGAGAUUCCACCCACUUGCUUCGUUGCCUACGAUGAUGACGUUGACAUGAAUCCCAACAUGCCUGGCCGCAUCACCUUGGCUGGUUGGAGAUACGUUCCUAACCUUCUCGGGUCGUCUUACAUCGGUGCCUCGCCCCCCUACGGCCACGGUUAUCAUCGCUACAUUUUCACCAUCGUCGCGCUGAGCGAGCCCCUUGACAUUGCCCAGCCAGACAAGGCCACCGUCUCAGUCAUUAAGGAGGCCAUGGCUGGCAAAGUCAUCGGAUGGGGUGAAUGGUUAGGCACCUAUCAGCGCACUAUGCCUCGCUAA